AUGGUCACUAUUGGUGUCGGACGUCACUCGGGGAACCCGGCACGGUCACUAUUGGUGUCGGACGUCACUCGGGGAACCCGGCACGGUCACUAUUGGUGUCGGACGUCACUCGGGGAAGCGUCACUUUCCGGACGUCACUCGGGGAACCCGGCACGGUCACUAUUGGUGUCGGACGUCACUCGGGGAACCCGGCACGGUCACUAUUGGUGUCGGACGUCACUCGGGGAACCCGGCACGGUCACUAUUGGCUCGGAACCUGGGAAGCCGCACGGUCACUAUUGGUGGACGUCCUUUCGGGAAGCCGGCACGGUCACUAUUGGUGGGGAACCCGGGAAGCACACGGUCACUAUUGGUGUCGGACGCCACGGGAACCCGCACGGUCACUAUUGGUGUCGGACGUCACCAACCCGCACGGUCACUAUUGGUGUCGGACGUCACUGGGGAACCCGUCACUAUUGGUGUCGGAACCGGGGAACCCGCACGGUCACUAUUGGUGUCGGACGCCACUCGGGAACCCGCACGGUCUCUAUUGGUGUCGGUGUCACCGGGAACCCGGCACGGUCACUAUUGGUGUCGGACGUCACUCGAGGAACCCGGCACGGUCUCUAUUGA